AGCAAGGCCAAGAAAAAGAAGGCUACAACUAUUGUACUGGUGCAGGUACGCGCUCUCUACUCCACCAUCAUCAUUGAAUUCAUUUGUAGUCCAAAACUCACCUCACGAUCGCUUAGUAUCCCAAGUCUUGCAAGAUGCACGUCGAACGAUCAAUCAAGCUCGUUACCGAGCAGCACAACAUUCCGAAGCCCUCGCCUAUGCCUGAGUUUCCCAUGAAGGAAUGGAGCGUCAAGAUCUACGUCCUCGACCAGGCUGGUAACGAGCAUCCUGCCAGUUGCUUCACCAAGGUUACCUACAACCUUCACCCUUCCUUCGAGGACAAAACUCAUCAGACCUUCACUGAUCCUCCCUUCACCUGCAAGAACGAAGGAUGGGGCGAGUUCGAGAUGUCGAUCGAUCUCUUCACUACCGAGAAGGGCGGCAAGACUACCGUCUACCACGACUUGAACUUCCAGUCCCCGAAGUACGAAGUCAUCCAGACGGUCAACUUCAAGAACCCUUCUCAGGCGUUGCUCUCGGUCCUCCGCGAGACUGGUCCUAUCCCCAACGAGGACGACUCGAAGGCCGCAACCAAGGCUCGCAAGGCGAACGACUUCAAGAAGAAGAAGGCAGCCUACGACUACGAGAAGAUGGCCGAUGGUCUCGGUAAGCUCAACGAGGAUGAGCUCCUUCACGUCAUUCAGUUGAUCCAUGAUCACAAGAGCGAUGAGACAUACACUAAGAACGACAUGGAUGCUGGUGAAUUCACGGUGGACCUGUAUACUUUGCCCGAUCAUCUCUCUAAGAUGAUCUGGGACUUCAUGGUUGACAUUAAGGUUGUCUAAAGAUCUCGUCGCAAGUUCUUGUCGGGUUGUACCCCGUCUGGUUUGGAAUGGUUUGUUGGUCUUGCGCCGUCAUCUUCUACUGGACUCUCGUGUUUAUCUUGUUCGUCAUCUUCACAUGAACACUGGGUUGCAUUUGCAUUUGCAUUGGCAUUGGCAUUGGCGUUACGAGUUAGGUAUGGUACCUCAUUAGGUUGCCCAAGUGAAUAGUGGCAUUGGUUGGCAGGUGGCAAUGGUUGACCUU